AUAAGCAUGCAAGUAGCCACACUCCCAACCACUGGCAGAUCGAGGCAGACCAACGUGCUUCUAAAUUCUAGUACGUAAUUAGCAGCUAAGCUUAUUAGCUAGUACUGUAAGUAUCUAGCAUCAAGAGAUUGAUCGAGCAAGAUCCGUCGUCGGCCAGCGAUGGAGCUUCUUCCUCUGCUCACGGCGCUCCUCCUGGCGCACGCCCUGGCCUACCUGGCCUGGACGGCCGCCGCGCGCCGCCGGCAGUCGCGGUGCUACCUCCUUGACUACGUCUGCCACAAACCCUGCGACACCCGCAAGAUCUCCACGGAGGAGGCCGGCGACUUGAUCCAGCGCAACAAGCGGCUGGGCCUCGCCGACUACCGCUUCCUCCUCCGCGUCAUCGUCCGCUCCGGCAUCGGCGAGGAGACCUACGCCCCGCGCAGCAUCCUCGAGGGCCGCGAGGACUCGCCCACCCUGCAGGACGCGCUGGACGAGAUGGACGCCUUCCUCGACGAGGCCGUCGCCGGGCUCUUCGCCCGCACCGGCGUCGCGCCCCGCGACGUCGACGUGCUCGUCUUCAACGUCUCUAUGCUCUCCCCGGCGCCGUCGCUGGCGUCCCGGGUUGUCCGCCGCUACGGCCUGCGCGAGGACGUCGCGGCGUACAACCUCGCCGGGAUGGGGUGCAGCGCCGGCCUCGUCGCGCUGGACCUCGCCCGGAACGCGCUCCGGACGCGGCCACGCGCGCUGGCGCUCGUGGUCUCGUCGGAGUCCAUCGCGCCCAACUGGUACUCCGGCACCGACAAGUCCAUGAUGCUCGCCAACUGCCUGUUCCGCAGCGGCGGCGCCGCCGUCCUGAUCACCAACGACCCGGCCCGCCGCGGCCGCGCCAAGAUGGAGCUCCGCUGCCUCGUGCGCGCGCACAUCGGCGCCAACGACGACGCGCACGCGUGCGCGCUGCAGCGCGAGGACGCCGAGGGCCGCGUCGGGAUCAGCCUCAGCAAGGCGCUCCCCAAGGCCGCCGUGCGCGCCUUCGCCGCCAACCUGCGCCGCGUCGCGCCGAGCAUCCUCCCCGUGUCCGAGCUCGCGCGGUUCGCCGCGCGCCUCCUCUCCUGGCGGCUCCUGCACCCCUCCUCCGGCAAGAAGCAGGGUGGCGCCGGCGACGCCCCCAGGAUCAACUUCAAGACCGGCGUGGACCACUUCUGCCUCCACCCCGGCGGCACGGCGGUGAUCGAGGCGGUGAAGCAGAGCCUGGGGCUGGACGACGGUGACGUGGAGCCGGCGCGGAUGACGCUGCACCGGUGGGGGAACACGUCGGCGAGCAGCCUCUGGUACGUGCUCUCCUACAUGGAGGCCAAGGGACGGCUCGAGGUCGGGGACAGGGUGCUCAUGGUGACCUUCGGGUCGGGGUUCAAGUGCAACAGCUGCCUGUGGGAGGUGACCGGCGACAUGGCCGACAAGGGGCCGUGGGAGAGCUGCAUCGACAGCUACCCGCCGGAGAGGCUCGCCAACCCGUACAUGGACAAGUUUGGGUGGAUCAACGACGUCGAAGGCGACACCUUGAUGCUCUAAUUGGGCUAUUAGUGGCCAACGCGUUCGCUUGGUACAGUACAAUACAGCUGCUGACACCUGCCUGCCUCCAUGGCGAGUGCGUGCAUGCUACUGAAACCGGACGGCCACAUGAUCGGUGACAGCAACCCAAGCAUGCAGUAAAUCAAAAAUGCAUGCACGUCGUUCAGUUUGAACGGCGUUUUGGAACGUAAGUACUAUACUGAUGUGUAGCCUUCAGUCACAGUAGCACCAUAUAUAUGUUUUUUUAAUUUUCCACCGUAAAGAAAAAUAUUUACUUUUAGAGAAACAGAGUAGCACCAUGUAUGGUUGCUUGUAAACUGGAAAUGAUGCCGUCCCUGUCCAUACAGAAACGUUUGCAAAUAUAAAAUGUAAUUUACCUCUGAAAAUUACGAGAGAGGACCGUGCCAGUGCAGGGAUGUACGGUGGAUUGGAUUUGAUUCCACAGGGAACACGACCGUACAACAAACAGGAUGCA